AUCUCCCUCUCUUAUCGACAUCACCUCCACUCCACUUUCCUACUUCAUCGCAACUGUCGACUUACUCCCCUUUUGCAGUCACGAAGCAACCGGUUCAGUCUUUUCCCCCAAGUGACUGUUUAGCCCAAUCCCCGCCACUCACUUUCCUUUGGCUCGACGUUCGACGUUCGACUUUCGAUCCCGCAGACCAUUGUCCCUCUCUGUCUCUUCCUCCUGAUUUCCGAGGGGGAGAGUACCAGACGCACCACCGGCGCUGAAUCUUGAAUGAUGGAUCAGUAGAAUCGGACCGGGUUACGACAUUUUGAUUCCCUUCCAUGGCCAGCACGACAUAUCUUGCCACGAUCCCCUAUCCGAUUCUUGUCCUCUCCUCAGUCCAUCCUCACCACUCGUCGGGCGCCCUCUUCCUCCCCCACCAUCUGUCGCAUUCGCUUCAAGAAUAAGGGGCCAAGAGUUUAUGUGAGGAGCGUCACAUUACGCUGCUAGCCUUCCUUGUCAGCUAGGCACACCCAAAGAUAUCAGACGUAUGUGGCCAAGAUGAGCCUCAAUCGCCAGGACACAACGCAGAAGAAUGAGAUGGAUGGGACAGCAAGGCCUACCGUACAAGGCUUGCAAUUACCUUCAUCUGGCGCUCCAGUCAAGGAUUCGAUCCCCGAACCGCCCUCCUUGCUACGUCGGACACAAAGUAGGCUGGCCGACCCGGUCGUGGCUGCAUUCAUGGCCGGAGGUGUUGCCGGUGCCGUUUCAAGAACGAUUGUCUCCCCUCUGGAGCGAUUGAAAAUCCUACUCCAGAUCCAAAGUGUCGGUCGGGAGGAAUACAAGCUAUCGAUAUGGAAAGCUCUCAAGAAGAUGAAACGAGAGGAAGGCUGGCGAGGCUUUAUGCGCGGUAACGGAACCAAUUGUAUCCGCAUUAUUCCCUACUCGGCGGUGCAGUUUGGGAGUUACAAUUUCUACAAGAAAUUUGCUGAGACUCCCGAGGGUGAGAUGACCCCAACACGUCGCCUUAUCUGCGGAGGUAUCGCGGGGAUCACGUCUGUCACGGUCACGUACCCGCUGGAUAUCGUCCGUACUCGACUUUCCAUCCAGUCAGCAUCCUUUGCAGGCCUGGGAGCCCGAGAUCCGUCCGAGAGGCUACCCGGCAUGUUCACGACUAUGGUGACAAUAUACAAAACCGAAGGCGGUAUGAUUGGCCUCUAUCGCGGAAUCGUCCCCACGGUUGCUGGUGUUGCUCCAUAUGUCGGACUCAAUUUCAUGACCUAUGAGUCGGUCCGCAAAUACUUGACUCCAGAGGGAGAUAAGCACCCCAAUCCCUGGCGAAAGCUGCUUGCUGGUGCCAUUUCCGGGGCUGUGGCACAAACUUGCACAUAUCCCUUUGACGUGCUCCGGCGACGCUUCCAAAUCAAUACCAUGUCCGGCAUGGGCUACCAAUACAAAUCCAUUUGGGAUGCAGUGCGGGUCAUUGUGGCCGAAGAGGGACCACGUGGACUGUUCAAGGGCAUUGGACCCAAUCUACUCAAGGUUGCACCCAGCAUGGCCAGUAGCUGGCUCAGUUUCGAGUUGACGAGAGAUUUCCUCGUCAGCAUGAAUGAUAGAGAAUAGUUGCAAUAUACCUAGAUCGUUUUUUCUCUCGGAUAUUCUCAAACGUCG